AUGACGGAGCGCAACUUGUGGGGAUUCUUCGAUGGGUCGGCAUCGAAGCCCACGUCGGACGCUUCAACUGCGGAGAAGGAAGCGUGGGUGCGCAAGGACAAAAAGGGGUUUGCCUUUCUUGUCUCCAAGCUAAGCCUCCAACUCGUCCCGAUCGUGAGCCCUUGCAUCGACCGUGACGGCGCGACUCGUGAAGCGUGGAAGCGACUCGAAGGAGAGCACGUCUCCAAGUCGCUUCAUAGCAAGCUUCAAGCGCGCCUCGACUUCUUCACGGUGCGGAUGAAGGACGGCGAGUCAAUGUGCGCGUACGUUAACCGCGUGGAGGAGCUUGGCGAGCGCUUGGUGGAACUCGACGCGAGCGUGGAGGACAACGAUUGGAUCAUGACGCUCCUCGCGGGCCUCGGUGAAGCAUGGUCAACGGUGAUCACGGUGUUGGAUGGGACGCAAGAUACAUGGAAGAAGGAGCAAGUGGUGGCACGCCUCAUCAACGAAGAGGCGAGGCGCGCGAAGUUGCAUGGCGAUGCAAUCGGCGCGGCACACUUCUCCCGCGAUGCGAAGGCGAAAGGGUCGGGUCACUUCAAGCGGCGCAACGACGGCAACAACCGCGGGAGUUCGAACGGGAGCGCGGCGGCCUCAAGCUCAUCACGAGGAGGAUCGGCCAACGCCAAUCGAGCUCGGGCGCGAGAGGGAGCUUGUCGGUUUUGCAAGAAGACGGGACAUUGGUGGCGCGAUUGUCCCGUUAAACCGGGGAAUUGGAGGCCGUCUUCAAGUGACGACAACCGGCGCGCGCAUGUGGCGACAUGCGACAACGACGACCGGGAGUUCGUCUUCGUCGCAAGUGGAAUGACCGUCGGUGGUGUUGACGCGUGGGUACUCGAUACGGGUGCUACUCAACACAUGACGGCGAGCGCGACGCUUCUCAACAACGUGACAACGGUGGCUCCCGUUAAGCGCGUGAUGUUCGGCAACCGUGACACCUUGGAUGUCACGGGACAAGGCGACUUGCGGCUCAUGGUGGAUGUCGGUCCACUCACCAUCAAGAACGUCUUGGUGGUUCCCGGGCUCGGCGCCAACCUCCUAUCCGUUUCCCAAUUUACACGCAAGGGGAUGCGUGUGAAUAUUGAAGGGAGCACGAUGGUGUUGAGCACGGCGGACGGCGUACACAUUGGCACGGCGGUUACGUUGGCAACAUGGAUUCGCAACCGGUGCGUGACCAAGGCGUUGCCGAACACGACGCCUCUUGAGGCUUGGAGCGGUACGAAGCCGGACGUCACCGACCUUCGCACGUUUGGGUGUACGUGCUACUACCAUGUCCCGGAUGCCACACGGACCAAGCUUGAGGCGAAGGCGCGGGUGGCGAUGUACUUGGGUCCAAGCGCGGAUCACAAGGCGUGGCGUGUGUGGGACUUGGAGCACGGGAAGCUCGUGGUGUCGCGCGACGUGGUGUUCUACGAAGACACCUUCCCGUCCAAGUCGAUGCACGUGCCCUCGGUCAUCAUUGACCCUCCCUCCUUGGAUGCCGCGGAUGAGGCGGAUGUUGCUCCUAUGGCUUCUCCUCCUCGUACGAGUGAGGGGGAGAAUGGAUCGGGUGCGGUUGGAGUGAUUGCGGAUGAAGAACAUGCCAAGGAAAGUGACCCUUCAUCUCCUCCUCCCAAAAUCACUCCCACCCUCGCAUCCACUCGCACUCGGAGGACUCCUCGUCCCAACUUCAAGUUGGAUGGCUACUCUCUUGUGGCGGGGGAUGAUGAGGGAGGGGGAGAUGCCAUGUGUCUUGAGGCAUACACCGACACACCGUCCACCUACCAAGGCGCCAUGGGCUCGGCGGAAGCGGCGGAAUGGGAACGUGCGCUUCAAGAGGAGUACGAUUCGCUCAUGGCGAACGACGUCUACGAGCUCGUCCCCAUGCCCCCGGGCGCCUACCUCGUUGGCUCUCGUUGGACCCUUGUAGCGGACGUGAAGACGAAGCUUGCCGCCGAAUUCUCCAUGCGUGACCUCGGCGCCGUCUCCCACUACCUAGGGAUGCACAUUGAUCGCGAUCGAGGGAACAAGACCCUCGCUCUCCACCAACAUAAGUACUUGGAGAGUGUGGUGGAUCGCUUCGGCAUGAUCGAGAGCAAGCCUACACCGACACCUAUGGAAGCGGUGUUUCAUCCCUUGGCGUGGCGGUGCUGGAGGAGCUCAAGGCGGAGUGGGGCGCCUGCUGGGCUCCACUCUCCCUCGCCUGCGUGUGCUGCACUGCGCUGGCUCUCUGUCUUCUCAACACGCGGUGCGCGGGCGGGCGCAUUCAUGCAUGCGGACUGUCGCCGUGUCACGGGCAGCAUGUUGACUCACAAGCAGCUCACCGGGUCACUGCCCACCUCCUUCGCCAACCUCUCCGCCCUUGAGCAAUUCAACCUACGCAACAACCAGCUGUCCGGCUUUCUCCCGUCCGACUGGUCACCAUCCCUCGCCACGCUGCUCCUAGACAGCAACUACCUCUACGGCCAACCCGCGCUCUCCUCCUGCCCCGCCACCCUCUCCCUCCGCUCCAACUGCCUCUCCUACCCCGCCCCCUCCUCCUCCUUCCGCUGCGCUCGCCACCCCCAGCGUCCCUCCGCCGCCUGCCUCGCCUUCUGCGGCCUCAUCUCCCCGGAUCAAAAGCCUUGCUCGGGCGUGGGUACAUGCCGGCUGGACAAGGCAGGGAAGCCUAUAUGUGUGUGCGACGAGGGGUAUGUGAACUGUGCUUCACCGGGGUCCUGUGUGCCGGAGGCGCAGACUGCGUCCUUCUCGCUCUCGCUCGCUGACUCGCCCCCUGUGCACCUCAAAGGCUCUGCCAUCUUCUCAGGAAAACUGACCGCUGACACUCCUGCAGUUGCUAGUGUUGCAGGGGUUGCAGCGGUUGGUGGUGAUGCAGGGGUUACUGGGGUGGUGCCUCGAGAAACAGCAAAUAAUCCUGGUGUGGUUUCCACGUUUGAUGUGCCGCUGCCUGUCAGCCCCUUGCGGCAGCUGCUGGUGAGCCCGGGUGUGCGCGGAGCGUGGGGCGCCGUGACGCUGCUGCCGCUCGUCACGCUCUUCACCUUCUCCACCCCGCAGGAUCCCUGCGGCCGCCAGCUCGCCUUCAACUUCUCCUUCGCCUUCUCCAUGUCUCCCGAGGUCACAAAGCUCAACCCCCCCCGCUCUAUCUCCUCCUCUUCCUCCUUAGCUUCGUCGCCCUUCCUCUCCUCCACUGAAGCUGUAAGCACGGCGGGCAGGCAGGCGGCAGCAGCAGGGGCAAGGCCAGGAGCAGGAGCAGCAGGGGACGGGCUAGCCUUUGUGAUAAGUGCAAAUGAGCCGACAGGGGGGCCAGGCAUGGGGUACAAGGGCAUGGGCAAGAGGAGCGUGGCAGUGGAGCUAGACACAUGGUUUGAUGCCAAGAGCGGUGAUCCGGAUAGCAACCACGUAGGGAUCAACGUGGGGGGGAACAGCCGCUCGAUUGCCACAGCUUCUGUUGGCGCCUUACUUCUCAACAGCAGCGAUCCACGAUACAUUUGGAUCGUGUACGAUCCUCCUGCUCCUGUUGGCGGUGGUGGGAGCAGUGGAGGAGGAGGAGGAGGAGGAGGAGGAGGAGGAGGAGGAGGAGGAGGAGGAGGAGGAGGAGGAGGAGGAGGAGGAGGAGGAGGAGGAGGAGGAGGAGGAGGAGGAGGAGGAGGAGGAGAAGGAGGAGGAGGAGGAGGAGGAGGAGGAGGAGGAGGAGGAGGAGGAGGAGGAGGAGGAGGAGGAGGAGGAGGAGGAGGAGGAGGAGGAGGAGGAGGAGGAGGAGGAGGAGGAGAAGGAGGAGGAGGAGGAGGAGGAGGAGGAGGGGGAGGGCAGGAGGGGAGGCUGCGGGUGUUUGUGGCAGCAAUGAAGGUGCAGCCAAGGCGAGCGUUGUUGGAUGUGCCUCUCUCGCUCUGCUCUGUGAUCAAGCUGUCGCCGACACAGCCCUCGGUGUUCCUCUCCUUGUCUGCAUCAUCCUCCUCUUCCUCCCCCGCGCAGGCACACCGCGUGCAGUGGUGGAAACUGCAGACAGGCCCAUCGGACCCUUGCUUCGGUGUGUCUCGCUUGUCCCCUACCAGCGUCUACUGCCACUCCGACGUCUCCUCCUGCCCCAUUGGAACCACAGGCUCUGCCACUGGGGGGGUUGCUGCAGGAGGGGGGCAGGAGCAGGGUGGGAUGACUGGAGGCUGUGAAAUUGAUGCAUGUGGCGUGGGUGACAAGAAUCCCUGCGGCGUGGGCACGUGUGUGAAUGACGGCUACGGUGCAUACACCUGUGUGUGCCCACCCAACUUCUAUCUCGGCACCACUGAAUUCGGCGCACCCUCCUGCGCCCCCGGCGUUAGUGAGAACUUUUUCACAGUGAAUGUGAGCACCUUGGGGUGCUACCACGUGCACCCCCUCUUUGGCCUCACGCUCGCCCAGUUCCUCGAACAGAACGAGGUGCGUGCGGGAAGGGAGCGGGAGCUGCAGGGAUGGGCCUCCAGUGUGCCGUGCCUUUCCCCACUUCCCCCCAUCCCCACUGCUCUGUGGCAAGCAUCGUUUUUCAAGGCGCCUCAAAGAAUAAGACAGUUCAAUGCGCCUCUCCCUCAGUGCCCCUCGUCCACUGAGUACAUAUGCUGCUUGCAGUUGCUGGCGUGUGACAAGCCCAUUCCUGUGGACACUGUUGUCAACGUGAAGCCCAGCCUUGACUAUCAGCCCUGCUCCGUCUUCUACACCACUGUGCAGCAGCCUCAAACCUCCCCUCCCUCCCAACUCCUCCUUCACUCCUCAACCCGCUCCUUCCCUUCUCCAUCCUCCCCCACCCCCAUUACCUCUUCCUCCCCUCAUCAACCCCACCAGAACGGCACAUGCGAGUCCAUCGCCGCCCUCUUCUCUCUCACCGCCUCCUGCCCGGACCCCUCCCAGCCCUGCACCACCGACCUCCUCCGCCUCAACCCGGGCCUCGACUGCUCCAUCACCGCAGCAACAACCACCACAACAACACCAACAACACCUCUAGGCGGCGGCGGCAGCAGCGAGCCUGACAAGUCGCUACCCACGGGUUUGUCCAUCUGUGUGGAGAGGGCCACAGCACUGCUGGCCGUGUGUGGUGAAACGGUGACAGUGGAGAGCGUGGGGAAUGCGACGUGUGCGGCGGUGCUGGCGGGGAUGAAGCUGCCGCCGAGUGCGCUGGAGCUCUACUGCAUGAACCCCGGCAUCUACUGCCACCGCCUGCUGCCGCCCUCCAUUGAAUCGGGCUUCCCGGGCUCCAAGAUCUGUGUGGGGAUCAGCAUGAGCAUGACAAUGGGCUCAUGUCCACGGUCCGAGGUGUACCUUGCAACAGAUAAUGAUAGGUGCAGUGCCAUUCAGUUCCGAUUCUUCAAGGGCAUUAAAUUAUAA